AUCAACACCAAUGGUUUUGUUGCCACAUCAGAACCGACAGGCGAGUCGACAUAUCUUGGCAAAAUGCCUCCAAAGUUCGGCAUGAUUGCAGCUCUGCAGGGAGACCUGGACACGAGCGACGGAGUGGGGAAAGUUUUCUUCCGUCAAGACUCCAGUCCUGCCGCUCUGUCUCGAGCCGCCAACACCAUCAACAAUGCCUUCCCUGAAGAUGCCAAGGUCCAUCCCACCAAUGUCAUGGUCAUCACCUGGUAUGAUGUGGCCACACCUGGUCCUCAGGGCAGUGGAGAUGGGACUGUAAAGAGGAACACCUUUCAGCUGGUGAUUGCUACCCUGGAGACGUUCUCGUAUGCUAUCGUGAUGUACGCUCGGGACGGGAUACAGUUUGUCUCAACGCCUGCAGAUCGUGGUGUCAUCAUGCAUGCUGGCUUCAGUAAGGGUUUUGUCCGGGGUUUCCUGUUUUCCAGUCAGGGGCAGUACUACCGCACUACCACUGAUGAGGAGGCGUCUGUCAGAGCUUUAGCAGAGGAGACUAACUCCGGCAUCCGGGGGGUCUGGGUCUAUGAGAUCGGGACUUCUCCUUAUUUUACCAACGUGGCUCCAGGUGAGGUCACUGACCUGCCCUCUGAGGACACACUACAGGGGGCCCCUGAGGGCCACGAGGGGGCCACUGAUACAAGGAGGCCCGUUUACACCAACGGACAGGAAGUAGAAUACGGUCAUUACAACGGAGGGCAGAUCCAAGUCCACCCAGUUCAGUACCAGCCCCGGCAGCCUGAGAAUCCAGAGGUGGUGGUGAUAGACGACACCGAUAUAAACGUAGACGUGUUCUCCUACAACCUGGGGACUUGUGCAAAACAAAAUAAAUGCUCCCAGUUUGCUGACUGCAAAGAUUACUCCAGUGGAUACUGCUGCCACUGCAGACCGGGUUUCUAUGGCAACGGGAUACAGUGUGUGGCCGAGGGAAAGCCGCAGAGGAUGAACGGUAAAAUGCACGGGAAAGUGUAUGUGGGAAGCUCUCCCUCUCCAGUGGAGUUCAACAGCAACGAUCUGCACUCGUACGUUGUGGUAAAUGAUGGUCGUUCAUAUGUGGCGAUCAGCGACAUCCCGCACACCCUUGGGCCCUCGCUGCAGCCCUUGUCUGCCCUCGGGGGUGUGAUUGGAUGGGCGUUUGCUCUGGAGCAGCCUGGCUUUAAGAAUGGCUUUAGUAUCAUAGGGGGCGAGUUCACACGGCAGGCUGAGGUGACCUUUCUGCCGGGGAAUGAGAAGCUGACCAUCACGCAGCAGUUCAAAGGCAUCGACGAGCACGACCACCUGAUUGUGAGCACCACCCUGGAGGGUCGGGUCCCUGAGGUGCCUCGUGGCUCCUCCGUGAAAAUCGACCCUUACUCUGAGAUCUACCAGUACAGCAACAACCUGAUCACCUCCUCCUCCACGCGGGACUACGUGGUCAGCCUCCCCGACGGCAUCAUUGACACCAGGACAUUCCAGUGGCGUCAGACCAUCACCUUCCAGAGCUGCCAGCACGGCGAGGCUUUGAGAGACGUCAAGCCCACUCAGAUGCUCAGCGUGGACCAGGUCUUUGUCAUGUUCGACCCCAAUAAUGCACUCAUCCGGUUCGCCAUGAGCAACAAGAUCGGGGACGUGAACGGAGGGCAGCCGGAGGAGAACCCGUGUUUCACCGGGAGACACGGGUGUGACACGAACGCUGUGUGUCGACCCGGAGACGGGACGCAGCUCACCUGUCAGUGUGCUGCCGGCUUCAACGGGGAUGGACGCACAUGUUAUGACAUCGAUGAGUGCGGAGAGAAUCCUCAAAUCUGUGGCUCCCACGCUAUCUGCAACAACCAGCCCGGGACCUUCCGCUGCGAGUGUGAGGAUGGUUAUCAAUUCGGCAGCGACGGGAAACCUGUGAGGGUGAACCGACCCGUGGACGCCUGUGAUGCAGGCACCCACACCUGUGACGUUCCUGAGCGCGCUCAGUGCAGCUACACGGGGGGCUCGUCCUACAUCUGCUCCUGCCUGCCCGGCUUCAUCGGAGACGGCAAAGUGUGCCGAGACAUCGAUGAAUGUCAGCCGAGUAGGUGCCAUCCGGACGCCGCGUGUUACAACAACCAAGGGUCAUUUACCUGCCAGUGCAGGCAGGGUUACUAUGGCGACGGCUUAUACUGCUCUCAAGAAAGGACCAGAACACCGUGUGAGAUUCACAGAGACAGUGUGCCCGGUCCUCGCGGCCCCCGUCCUCAUGUUGGACAGUACAUCCCGGCAUGUGAUGAGGACGGACGCUAUGAAGCCAUGCAGUGUCAUGGCAGCUCGGGGCACUGCUGGUGUGUGGACCGGAAUGGACAGGAGAUCCCCGGAAGCCGCUCUGGAACGGGCAGCAGGCCGAUGUGUAUUGACCACGGUGGUGUGCCGCCACCUGUUGGCCCCACCCCUCGACCCGAUGUCCACCCCCUGCCUCCAGGAACACACCUGCUGUACGCCCAGAGUGGCAGGAUAGAGCACGUCCCGCUAGAAGGUCACAAUAUGAAAAAAGGCGCCGCCAAACCUGUCCUCCAUCUCCCU